GCCGCGCAUAGCCGUUUACCUAUCCACAGAUGGUACCUAGGUUGCGUUGGUUGCAAGGUGGCGCAGUUUUGUUAGGCUUCGUACUUUGUGUUAAGUUGCACUGUAAGCGCGCGCCUCGUUAAAAUCCCUGAUAAUUUGACCAUAGCCUCUCCCUCAAUAUUCCCAACACCAACACCUAAUCUUCAUAUGAAAAAUAAUCUCAAGAAUUAUCUUAAUCAUCAAACGCCCAAACCAUAAUUCUCUAAGGCUCCGAUAAUUGUCGUCUCUUCUUCAGUCACUAUUUGUCGCAAUCAAGCUGACUUUUUUUUUUUCAUCAUGGACAUCCCCGACGACCUGGUGAGCAGCACGCUAUCACUUAUUGAGAGUACGAGGUUGCCACAUCCAUCAGGUCCGCUGCUGGAAUCAUUUAUUUCUGAAGCUCUCAAUCCUGUGUUAGCUGCACGUUACGUGAAUCAUAGGUUGCAACUUGGUGAGGCUUCCUCACUAAUAGAUGAUUGGUCGUACAUCAUCGAGUCUAUCACUCAAAAUGGCCGCCCUCCACCACGGCCUAGUGCUGUUGAUCAGCAUGCUAUUACAAGACGAGACGGCGGAAAGUGUUGCGUGACUGGAAAAGCUGGCACGCUGCGUGAUCCUCUUGUCGUCGCGCCCAUUCUUCCAAUCCCACUUGGUUGGGCUACAGAUAAGGCUAGCAUCAUCGAUAUGCUUGGUGCUUUCUUUGGACCGCCAUACCGAGACUGGUGGCUAUCCUAUGUUAGAAAUCCCGAAGGCAUGCCGCCUUAUUAUAAUCACUGGUUAGUCAGAAAAUCUGCAGCCAAAGCAUUUGCUUCGGGGUUUGUCAAAUUAGAUAGGUUGCAUCCAUCAAUGAUUGAGUAUGAGUUCAAACACGUUCCCAUCGGGCCGGAGGAAUUGAUCGAAGUCGAUGGUGCAUAUCCUUUAUUAGGUGACCACUCACGGGCGGGUAUCAUUAAGGUUGACCCUCGCUUCGUCGGCUCCCAGGCUCGACUAUGCAAAAGUAUUCAAUAUCUCAACAUCUACAGAAAUUUUUCAUUGGUAACCCCGCCUCGACCCUCAAGUCUAUCAAUUGGCCUCUCAGCACAGCGCUCAAAUAUAGCAUCAUCAGAUCGUGGGAGUCUCUUCAACCUGUGUGUGCGCGCGUUCCUCACAGUCUGGCAUUUGGCCCCCUCAAAAGUCAGAAUAUGUUGUUACAAGGUAUUGCAAAAGCUUGGAGAACGCCUAUACGGGAGACCCAUUGGCCACUCCACCGUCCAGAGACUACCAUUUGGAUUGUACUUGAAGUAUAAUGGAGAAGCUGAUGAUUUCCGCAAUGAAUUUAAUGCACUAAAGCUGGUCCGCCAACACACCUCAAUUCCAGUUCCGGAACCACUCGACGUAAUUGUUGAGCAAGGAGAUACCAAUGACCCAUUCUCUGGCCCUAUACCUUAUCUCCUUAUGAAGAGAGUCCCUGGUUUGCCGUUAUCACGCUGUCAAAACGUUCUCUCAGACAGAGAUAUAGAACGAAUUGUGAAUCAGCUCAAGGACUAUGUAGCCCAGCUGAGAGAUAUUCCUCGUUUAACCAGAUUAGGCAUGGCCAUAUGCAACACUCUUGGCGAAGCAUGCAGGGAUCCCCGCAUUCAAGGCGCGAAUCCCGUUGGGCCAUUCGCGGACGAGGCAGCAUUUAGUCAGAUGCUACGAUUCUCAGACGAACCUGCUCGUCGUGGGCACAAAAUAGUAUUCACGCAUGCGGAUCUCAACCCCCGCAACAUUUUGGUUGACCAGACUGUACAGUCAGAUGGAAGCAUCGGCUGGAACGUGACGGGGAUUGUGGAUUGGGAGACUGCAGGGUACUACCCCGAGUAUUGGGACUACACAAAAGCGCUGUUCGAGGGAUUUAGAUGGACACGACGAUAUAACGAUCUGGUGCAUAAUAUAUUUAGCGAAUUUGGAGACUAUUCUCGAGAGCUAGACGUUGAGAAGAGGAGCUGGGAGAGCGGGGAUGGGGUGUAAACUCUACAAUACCUUGGGUACCUUAGGCGAUAUCCAAUCACCUACUGUACUAUGCUACCGAUUUCAGGGGUACGGUGACUGCAAACAUA